AUGGGGAAAAACAAGAUAGACGAUGAAACGAGUCCUACUCUAUUAGCAAGUAGUGGGUAUGAUGAUUGGAGAAAUGCAUCUCAAAGGCUGAAAAAACAUGAAACAGCUCAUCAUCAUAUUGUUUGCAUGACUCAAUGGAUGGAGCUAGAAGUGAGAUUGCAAAAAAAUAAAACUAUUGAUAAGCAUAUGCAAGAGGCAAUUAAGAAGGAGAAAAAGCAUUGGAGAGAUGUAAUGUUGAGAAUAAUUGGAGUGGUAAAGACUCUAGCUGAAAGAAACUUAGCAUUUCGUGGAGGUAAUGAGAAGGUUAAUGAUCCAAAUUGUGGAAAUUUUUUGGCAUUUAUUAGGAUGAUUGGAGGUUUUGAUUCGGUAAUGAAGGAGCAUAUUCGGCGGAUUAAUAAUGGUGAAAUUUAUCACCAUUUUCUCAGUCAUAAGAUUCAGAAUGAGUUGAUAGAAUUGCUUGCUAAUGAGGUCAAGUUGAUGAUCUUAAAGAAGAUUCAAGAUGCGAAGUAUUUUUCAGUCAUUCUUGAUUCCACUCCCGAUGUUAGUCGUAAAGAACAAAUGACUUUUUUAAUUAGAUGUGUGGAUGUUUCGACGAGUUCACCUAAGAUUGAGGAGUUCUUCUUGACAUUUUUGGAAAUUAAAGACAAGAAGGGAGAGGGUCUUUUUAAGACUCUUCAAGAUGCAUUGAUUGAUCUUAAGUUGAAUAUCGAUGAUAUAAGAGGGCAAGGAUAUGAUAACGGCCAAAAUAUGAAGGGAAGACACAAAGGAGUUCAGAAAAGAUUGCUUGAUGUACACCCAAGGGCGUUUUAUACUCCAUGUGGAUGUCAUAGUCUUAACCUUGCACUUUCUGAUAUGGCUUCCUCAUCCAAAAAAGCUAUUUCUUUCUUUGGCAUAAUCCAGCGAGUAUAUUGUCUAUUUGCAGCUUCAACCAAUAAUUGGGAAGUGUUUAGAGAGAUGGUGAAUGGUAUUACACUUAAACCACUAUCCCAAACCCGUUGGGAAAGUCGCAUUGAUAGUGUUAAGCCAAUAAGAUUUCAAGCUUCAAAAAUACGAGAUGCACUCUUUUAUUUGGCGGAAUACAGUGAUACUCCAGGACAUCGAAGUGAUGCUGAGUCUCUUGCAGAGAGUGAAACACAUGGAAUUGGAGGAUUCGAAUUCUUAUUUGGAAUGGUUAUUUGGUACGAUUUGCUUUCUGCUGUGAAUAUAGUGAGCAAAAGCUUACAAUUAGAGGAUAUGGAUCUUGAGGCUGCUCUUUCUCAGUUAGGAGGACUUCUUGCUUAUUUGAAAAACUAUAGAGAAACGGGUUUUGAAAAAGCAAAGGCUGAAGCUAAACAAGUUGCCAUUGAGAUGGAGAUUGAACCUGUAUUUCCUACGAAACCGAAGCGCUUGAUUAAAAGAAAAAAGCAAUAUGGUGAAGAUGUUGAGAAGGCUGAUGAAAAUACGACGUUAACUGCGGAAGAGAGUUUUAGGAUUGAUUACUUCAUCAACAUAAUGGAUCAAGCUAUAAUGUCCCUUGAGGUAAGAUUCGAGCAAUUUCAAUGUUAUGAGAAAAUAUUUGGAUUUCUUUUUGGUUUGAGGAAAUUAAAGUUAGCAACAAAUGAUGAGUUGAUGGCAUCUUGUAUGAAUCUUGAAGCUUCUCUAAAGCAUGGUAUGCAUUCAGAUGUUGAUGGAGAAGAUUUGUUCAUGAAACUCAAACUUCUUAGCGAAGUGUUGCCAAAAGAAAUCACAAAGCCGGUUGAAGUGUUGGAGUUUUUGAAAAGAAUGGAUGGUUGUUAUCCAAACACAUGGAUCGUCUAUCGUAUAUUACUCACAGUUCCGAUUUCAGUGGCUUCUGCGGAAAGAACUUUUUCAAAACUGAAGCUCAUAAAGAAUUAUCUACGUUCGACUAUGUUCAAAGUUAUGAUUGCUAGAACUUAG